AUGUCCAACAACACUCGAGCACUCGACAAACCCUUUUAUACUCGCAUUGAAAUUUCCAUUACUGAUGCAUUAAUCAAUAAAAUUCUAGCCUCCGAAAAACUUUCUAGAUGUUUUAAAUUUGACCAAUCCAAAUUUAGAGCUCGGGCUCCAAAACACACAGUAAAUCUUCAAGCCGGAAUUCAUCAGCAAGCAUCUGGCUUUAUGUUCUUAAUUUCUCCUGAAUCCAGAAACUUUUAUAUUGACCUUAGCAGAUGCCCUUCUCGUUAUCAAUUCGAUUCACCGAUAUCGUUCGAUCGUCGUCUUGAGACCAAACCUAACGUUGAGACUAUGGAUGAUGAGAUUUUGGUUUCUUUUCCCUUUACAUCUGAGCAUCUCUAUGAAAGAAUAGCUUCUGGAAUAAGUGUUUCGAGUUUGUUUGGAAGUCUAUUGGAACGCAAGUUCAAGUUGACUAUUCCAAAACAGCAUCUUGAAUGGGAUGUAACCAUUGUUCGUAAAUCGCUUCGCUUUAAAGCUUUUACUAAUGCAAUCUCGCAACUUCCCUAA